AUGUCCCAGAAGCUUCAAGUUGCAGUUGCUGGCAUUGGCCGCAUGGGUAUGCGCCAUGCCCGCCACUUCGCCACGCUCACUCCGCGCGCUCAAUUGAUUGCUGUCUGCUCGCCGGUGCAGUCUGAACUUGAUGCUGCAAAGGCCGAGUUCGGUUGCCGUACUUACACCGAUUACGAGACUAUGUUGCAUGAGGAGAAGACUCUGGAGGCUGUCGUUGUUGCUAGCGCUACUACUGUUCAUGCCGAGCAGGCUAUUAAAGCUAUUGAGCGUGGCCUGCAUGUUCUCUGUGAGAAGCCUAUUUCUACUAGCCCUGAAAUUUCUCAAUCCGUCGUCGAUGCCUACAGCGCCUCUAUUAAAAAGUUCCCCUCCCAGAAAGUCAUCUGUGGCUUCAGCCGUCGCUUCGAUGCCUCCUACCGUGACGCGCACGCCCGUAUGGCUGCUGGCAACAUCGGCACGCCCUCAGUAUUUCGGUCGCAGACCUGCGAUAAGCUGGAUCCCAGUGGAUUCUUUGUGGCAUACGCCGAGUUCUCGGGUGGUAUCUUCGUUGACUGCAGUAUCCACGAUAUCGAUCUGGCGCUGUGGUUCUUCGGUGAGGAGACUAAGGUCAAGAGCGUGACUGCUAUUGGUAUCACCGCUGUGCAGCCGGAUCUGCGCAAGCACAAUGAUCGGGAUAAUGCGCUGGGUAUUAUUGAGUUCUACGGAGGCAAAAUCGCCCAACUCUACUGCUCCCGCAUGAUGGCCGCCGGCCAAGAAGACUGCACCGAAAUCUUCGGCACAGACGGCAAGAUCGCUAUUAACACCCAGCCCCAACUUAACCUGGUUAACUUGUACGAAUCGACUGGCAUCCGGCGCGAGAUCCCCGCGGACUACUACGGUCGCUUCCGCGAGGCGUUUAUCACGGAGGCGAAUGAGUUUACUGCUUCCUGCUUGGAUGAUACUAAGCCUCCUUUGCGCCUGGACUCGGCUGUUAAGGCUGUUACUAUUGGCUGUGCGUUGCAGGAAUCACUGAUUACGGGUAAGAAGAUUGAGUUCGAUGAGAGUGGGAAGAGGGUUGAGGUUUCUCAUCUGUAG